AUGGUUCAUGCUCGGAUAACACCCUGGUCAUACCCAGCAGAGUUGGAUGAUCUAAAAAAGUGGUUUUAUGCUGCUAAAACUGGCAGCGGGCCGAAAGAUGAACGAACUCGAGCAAUUCAAAGAGUUAAAUGUUACCAAAGUAAGGGAUCUCAGUAUUUGCCACAUGUGGUUGAUUCAACAGCGCAAAUUACCAGUGCUAUUUUGCUGGAUGAGAAAAGAUGUGCUGAGAAAAGCAGUGACAUAUUAGCCGUGCGACUAAGUUAUACGAUGGCCUUGAUCAGAUUUGUUAAUGGUUUGCUUGACCCCACACAACAGUCACAGUUUGCGAUACCAUUGCAUACCUUAGCCAGGAGAGUUGGAUUGUCUUCGUGGUUUGUGGAUCUGAGGCAUUGGGGCACUCAUGAGCGUGAAUUACCUAGUCUUGACAUGCUUCGAACUGCCGCGAAGGAAGCGUUGGAAUGGUUAUGGGAUCACUACUGGAAUGACGAAGAGUUAGAAGAGGAAGAAAGUAGCAGUGAUGAGCAGGAGGAUACAGACACCGUUAAAGAGAUCGAAGGACUGAUUCUAACAGGGAUUGGAAUUGAGGAUGCAUUGAUAGAGAAUAGAUGGGUAUGGGAUAGUGGUAACCGAAAUUUGAUCAGCAAUUCUAAUUUUGAGGUUAACGAGAGUACAGGUCAGAAGAAAUUUAUGGCUAUAUCGCCGUCAGAACGAAUUAACGACUACGUUGCAAGAAUUAGAGGCUUAUGGCGACAAGAACCUAACAGAAAGUCAUUUGUGGAAGCGUGCAUCAAGAAUUACAGUUCGAUACUUUUGGAGUUAUUUAUGGCUAAACUAAGUCGAUUUGAGCUUGAACUUCUGUCAUCAGUAGCCCAGAGUUAUGAAAAGCAGGUAAAUGGUGAGAAGACGUCACUUAAGCAGAAAUUCCCUAAUUGGAAUGAACUUAAAAGGAAGCUUCUGAAGAAGUUUGUUGCGACCAUCAAUUUAGGCAUGCUGGCGACACAAUGGGGCAACUGGGAAUCGACUAUCGAGGCACACCCAUCAUAUGUCGUGCUGUGGUUAUGUGCCUCUAUACUUAAGAGACUACACGAGACGAAUAACCAGCUUCCAAUGAGAAAGAAACGGAAGAAGAGACAAAACGAGAACCUGAUAGAAUUGGAAACAAAGUUAAGCCAGUUAAUACAACGACUCUCAAAGCGGUUCAACGACUCGGACGCCAAACUAUACGAUUUAUCGUCUUUCAAAACUACCGUGUCUCACACUCCCAAGAAUCCAAAUGAUGGCACCAGUGAUAUCCUGGACGAUUUGGCAAAACUACGUCAGAGAUUAACUAAGCCUAAGACACCAGCUCAAGAAAUUAAACUAUGGAAUAGAUAUCCACAAUGGGAACCUAAACCCUUUGGUAUACUGUAA